AUGGGGCUGCCAUCCCCUUGUGACGCCCAUGCCUUUACCGAAUUGCCACUCCCUCUUUUAGUAUUCGCUAUGAUUUUGAAAUUAAGAUAUCCUGAAGUGUCCAGCAUAAAAGGGCUUCUAGGUGCUCUACGGACCGAUAAGGAGAAAAAGCAGUGGCAACUGGAAUUGGUGGAAGAAAAGGUCCACAAGCUUAUGCGACACUAUGAAAUUCCUUUGGAUCCAAUGAUUUCUACAGGAUUAAUCCAACUCUAUACGGCAAGGGGUUUAAUGGUUCAUGCAUCAAAAGCCCUCCUUCGUAUGCCAAGGAUUGAUAGUGUUGCGGUUACUAUUUUUUUACAUGGAUGUGUCAUUCACAAGGAUAUGAAAUCGGCAUCUACAAUUAUGCGAAACUUGGGAGAGGCUAAUGUGACUUACACAAUAAGUGAAGAUUUGGAGGACAAGCUUAGGACGGCUGGGGUUGCAUUUGGUACAAAUGUAACGAUUGUCAAGAAGGCAGUUGAAUGGUCUUGGGUUCUGUACAAUGGAACAUGA